AUGGAGUCGCACCUAUAUGAGGGAAUCCAGCCUGCUGACUUCUACGACAAGCUUGAGAACGUGCUUGCAACCCAGAAGUCUGCCUUCAAGGUCAACAUCGCUCUUGGAUACAAGCUUGUCAGCAGAACCGAUGACAGCGAGACUCGCUACUUCCACCCGAAUAUUAGCAACACGUCUGUAUUUAGCACUCCUGUAGCUAUCAACAGCAAGGCUGAUAUUCGUAAGAAGGUGAUCUCGGAGAUUCGCUCCAUGGAGUUGGCUGACAAGCUCAACUACCCCAGCUCCGGGUACAUGGUGAAGGGGAUUACUGGCUUCAAAAUCUAUAUCUACCAACGCGACCAUGCUCUGGGUGAUAGCGAGGCUGUCAUUCCUAAGGCGAUUCGUAAUAACAAGCACGUCAUCAACUUCCCCAAGACGAACAACAAGUGUGUCUUCCACUGCAUUGCUUAUCACAAGCAGGAGGGAGCCAAGAAGGAUCCUCGUAGAAUCCAGGCUCUGGUGAAACAAGCCUUCAAGCAGCACUGUUCGUACAAGGAGAUCACCUACACUCUGGGUCUGUUCCGCAAUUUCAAGCCUAUCGACAUUCUCCAAUUCGAUGAGCUUGAGGAGUGCUUCAAGCUGAACAUCAACGUCUUCAACAUGGAUGUUGAGACGGGCAAGGUUGAAUGCAUUCGCUGCUCGGACAAGGACUAUGAUUCGAUCAACAUCCUGUCGCACGAGAAUCACGCUCUCUACAUCACGAACGUUGAUAUGCUCCAGCAGAAGUACCAAUGCUCUACGUGUGAGAUGGUGUUUGUUAGCUCUGAUAAGCUACGUAACCACAGUAAGAACCAAUGCGAACUCGUGAACAUCGAAUCGUUCCCAGCUCAGCCAACCAUUUACCAACCCGCUCCGAACAGCAUUCGUUACAUGCUGACUAAGUACUCCAUCAAGGAUGCUGACCAUUACAUCGAUCACUUCAUUGUCUAUGAUUUUGAGGCUAUCCUCAAGCCUACGGGUGUCAAAAACGGAGAGGAUACUAUCUUCACAAACGAACACAUUCCUGUGUCUGUUACCGUGGCCGACAGCUUGACUGAGGAGGUGCGAUGCUUCGUCAGCGAUGACCCGAAGGAGUUGCUCAAGGAUAUGUUCCAGUACAUCAAGGAAGUUGCGGCUAAGAUUCAGCAGUACAACGUCUCGAAGUACGAGUCUUUGCUCCGCAAAAUCAUCAACGUCCAUGGUUUGACUGACGCUGAGGUUCCUGGUCUAGACUUGGGUAAGACGUACAAGAUGGAUGAUGUCAAUGCUUGGAUUCAGAACGGGGAGUUUGCUUGUUUCUUCGAUUUCCACAGCAAGCUCGCAUUCGGUAAGAAGCGCUCGGAUUAUGGCAAGCUGAAGCAGUGCAUUGGCACCAACUAUGCAAACUACUUGUCGACAUAUCUCGGUGAGGGCAAGUGUGAUGACAAGAUUCGAUGCGUCUGUGGCCUAGGAAAAGGCAUCUUCCCGUACGAGUACAUUACUUCAUUUGACGUACUCAGUCAGCCGGAAGUCCCUCCUAAGUCGGCGUUCGACAGUGCUCUUCGUAGCACUAGCAUCAGCGAUGAGGACUAUGUGCGGUACCCUUCAUCAAGGCCAUCAAAGCCCAGCGAGAACCUAGAACACCUCAACGACUUGCUAGAGCGACAAAACUGUGUGGGAGGCAACGUUGCUCGCAAGAACAUGUCGCUAAAGGGCUUCCGCCACAAGAAGCUACUUGAAUUCAACUCAGACAGAGAGGAGAAGGACAUCUACACCAAGAUGAAGGCGAACAUUGCUGGUGGUCCUUCUAUCAUCUUCAACAGAUACGCGAAACGCAACGAGACCAAGAUUCGAGGGGGUAGGAUCUGCAAAAAGAUCAUCGGCUACGAUGCUAAUGCUCUGUAUUUGUGGGCUCUUGGUAAUGAGAUGCCAUGUGGACGGUUGACUACCAUCGAAGCAUACACAGGGAUCGUCGAUGAUAUUGUAUAUGACAAGAUCUUUGGCUUCCUCGAGUGUGAUAUCCGUACACCAGAGCACCUCAAACCCUACUUCAGUGAAAUGACCCCAAUUUUCAAGAACACCCUCAUCGACUGCAGCGAUCGGAGUGUCAUCGGUCAGCACAUGUUCGAGUACAACGAGGAGCGCAAGCAAAGCCGAGCAAAGCCGGCUCGCAAACUCAUCGGGAGCUACUUUGGUGAGAAGAUCCUCAUGCUACUCAAAUGGUACAUUUCUCAUGGUAUGGAGAUCACCAAGACUUACAGCUUCAUCAAGGCUAGCUCUCACAAGGCAUUUGCACCAUUCAUGGAAGCCGUAUCGAGCGCGCGACGAGAGGGUGAUGAAAAUGUUAAAUCCAUCUGUAAGAUCAUUAUUGAGAAGUCCAAGAGUUGA